AUGAGAUUAACGAGUACACGGAGCAACAGGAAAGGGCAGGGACGACCUUACAGAAAGAUAUCGGGCAAGUCUAAAAGACCGGGAGCUCAUCCCUGCUCCAGUUUCUCACCAAAUCUAAUUUCUCAUCCAUUCCAGGUACUCCUCAUCGCCGCCGUCUUCGGCGUGGCUUCUGCUCAGCUGAUCGCUAGGUCUCCUCUGGCUUACUCCAGGCCCCUCGCCUACGCCAGCCCAUACGCCUCAUACGCUAGCCCCUACGCUGCCUAUGCCAGACCCUACGCCGCAUACGCUGCUCCAGUCGCCACCGUAGCUCACGCUCCAGUUGCUGUCGCUCACGCUCCACUAGCUUCAUCGCCGCCCGUACCGCCCCCCUCCUCCGCGCCGCCGUCGCCCGCCCAGCCCUCGCUUACUCCGCCUACGCCCCAGGCUACGCCACCGCUCUCAGAGCUGCCGUCCCAGCCGUUAACCAUGCUUCCCUCACCAUCCACUAAAUGUAGUGUUUAA